UCAUUCAUUCAUACAUCAUUAAAUAUUAACAUACAUUUUAAAUGUUUUAUUGCUCUACUUAUUUGACUCACUUGAUUAAUUUGCUUACUUGUUUGUACCAUGUUUGGUCCUCCAUACAUCUGAUCUGAGCUGUAGUUGAACAUUGGCAAACGCCUCUGUCCAUACAUUUCGCUUUUAUCCAGUAAUCUCCGAGUCAUUUGACUUCUUCUGUUGGGACCAUUUCCGGUCAGCUCUUGGCUAUCACAGCGGGUUUGGCACAGUUAGGUGUCACUACCAGGUUGACGCGUUACCUGUCUGUCGCCUUGUAUUUGCGGUGUUUUUAAUGAACGUUUCAUGGCUUCCGAGAAACUCUGGUGACUUUAUGUGAAAUGCGCUGGUAGUUUUAAUCACUUUAGAAAAGAUGGAGCCUCCGGACUUCGAAGCCAUGAACUUCACGGUGGAGCCGACGGUGGCAGCUUACCCGUUAUGUGAGAAAUGGGGAGACGGCUCGGAGGGCUCCGUGUUCCACCUCGCCAAUGUCUUCCUCUUCCUCGGCUUCAUGGGUGGCAGCGGGCUUUAUGGACUUCUCUACCUGUUCACCUUCCUGACUCUGGGCUUCUUCUGCUCCGCUAUCUGGGCUUGGUCGGACUUGUGCACCACGGACACGUUCCUUUGGUUUUUCGCGCUCUUCGGGGUGUGCUUGGGACAAGCGCUGCAUGUUGCCUACAGGCUGAGAAGCGUCUCCUUCGAGAAGGAGUUCAAUGAGCUUUACGGCUGCAUGUUUAAGAAGCUCGGAGUGUCGCUCACACAUUUUGGGAAAAUAGUGGACUGCUGUGACGGACUCAUCCACACCAUCGAGAAGGACCACUGUUUCGCUAUCGAGGGGAAAACCGCUAUUGAUAAGCUGUCGGUGCUCCUGUCUGGCAGAGUGCGUGUGACGGUGAACGGGGAGUUCCUGCAUUACAUUUACCCCUUCCAGUUCCUGGAUUCACCUGAAUGGGACUCUCUCAGACCAUCAGAGGAGGGCGUAUUCCAGGUCACGCUUCGAGCUGAUAACCCCUGUAGGUACGUGGCGUGGAGAAGGAAGAAACUCUACCUGCUUUUUGCCAAGCACCGCUACAUAGCCAAGAUCUUUGCCCUGGUUGUGCGCAAUGACAUCGCAGAGAAACUGUUCUCUCUUAACGACAAGGCUUUCGACAACUCCGGGCACCGCUAUGACCUCCGCUUACCCAGUUACUGUCACGUACCAGGGACUGAAUUAGAAAAGGCAGAUGUCUUCCUGCAAGUGCCGGUGCAGGGAGGAAGGACUGCCUGAACACACACACACAAACAGGCAUACACUGCUGCAGCCCUGCGGACAGGAACGGUUGUCAUUUGGGUUGGGCUGUUAUCUGCACAUGUAGAGUAAGCAGCUUUCCACUGAUGUUCUCGUUAUUUCCAUUUGAUUUGAUGUCAAUUUGCAAAUGGGGUCAGCAGAGUAGGCGGACGUGUCGGCAGAUGUGAUGUCUCUCAGGUGCAGGGAGGAGAUGCGGGUGACUCUCAAGGUGAGUUGCAGUGAUGUGCAAGAUGAGGGUCACGUGACUGACAGAGACAACAGAGCAUUGCUAACUAGGUUAACAUCUUACGCUGUAGGAAGGUAGCAUACUGACAGACAGCAACAUGUUUGGACAGAUUCUUUUCUGAAGAAUGUGGUCGCAUGGUACGCAUGUCAUUUACACCUGGCUGCAUGAAAUGGAGAAAUCAUGCUGAAAAACAUUGACCGCUCAGUCCGCCCUUUAGGACCAAUGUGUGCUUUAAAGGAACAGUUCAAUAUUUUGGGGACACACAGCUUCAGUGCGUGUUGCCAGAUACAGUCUGUGAACGCAGGAUUUGUUUUUGGUGUCUGAACAGGUACGAUGGUAACAAAAAUCUAACAUCCUCACUGUGAUGACCUGGGGUCUAUUUCAGAACACAGGUUGAACAAACUGUGAGUCUAAUAAUAAAACUGUGAUUCCAGAACAUUUGAUCAGAGUCAGUUCAGCACAUGCGUGGUGAAUGAAAAAAGCCAUUGUCAAUGGAGCUCUGAUACUACUCUUCACCAUGGCAACAGGUAAAUAAAAGGCAGGGCCUCCAUUUUAGUCCAGUAACAUGCUGAGCUGUGAGGUGAUUCGCUAUUGGAGGCUCAAGAGACUCAUACUGGCCCAUACAUGACUAAUUGAUUUGAUUUAUUGAACGGGACAGUGUGCAGUAUUAAGCAUAAAUGAUGCACUGCACUGGAGUUAGCUUGAAGCUAAUUUGCAUCCGUAGUCCACCACAAUCAAAAUAGAUAGAAACACUAACAGAAAAGGAAUAGCUGUAAAACAGUGGAUACAUUCUUCUGAGGUUCACAAACACCCUGUUGGUUUCCGUUCUCUUAAUAUAUUCAUGGCACACAGGAACUGGAACUAUUGGGAGUUACAUGCUGGUCCUCUUUAUGCUAAGCUAGGCUAACUACAUCCUGAUAUGACAUGAACUUACAGACAUGAGAUGGACACUGAUCUUGUUGUCUCUCUCUCAGAAAGAAAGGGAGUAAGCAUUAUUUCCCAAAAUAUUGAACUAUUCCAAAAGACUGGUAGUUUGUUGAAUAAUGUGUUGUCUCAUUAUCAGGGCAGUACUAAAAAUGUUGUUCCAAGUGAAAUGUGAUUGGGUUUACUGUACAGUGAUAGAACAGCUGCUCUUGGCUGUGUAUUAGACGUUCUUGUUUAGCUGUAGUAAACUUUGUAGCUGCUGGUUCCUUCCUGUUUGGCUCUACAGAUCUUCUAGCAUUUAAUUGUUACCUCAGUUAGAAGAGAGACAGUGUGUUGAGCUUGCCAUUAGCCUGAAAUGUUAUAAUUAUAAGAUGGGAAUUUCUUUGAAUGUCAUUGCUGUUUACACAAGUCUGUAGUUGACUUCUCAAUUUUAGUUUUUUGUUGGCCUUUCUGAAAAGCUGAAACAUGAUAGUCUGUAUAUAGUUUGUCCUUACUGAAAGUUAAAGGGGAUACUGGACACUAACACAAGAGCAUCUUGUAGGCAAUUUAAAAGAUUACAUAUAAAAAACAAAUACUACAGCUGAUAGUGAGCCUUGUUCAUCACAUAAACUCAACAGAUCUUCACUACACAGACAGGCGUCUUGCCACUUGGAUUUCAGUCUCCUUUUCCUCCUCUGUAAGUCUCAUUUCCAACAUCCACUCAAACAUCACGCAGUCACACAACAGUAAAAUCUAAUAAAAUGCUUAAAGCUUUGACUGAGGAGCUGAAAUUCAUCUCGAGACAUCCUGACCUCAUGGAUAUGAAGAGAGUUAAAACGUGUGUGUGUGUGUGUGUGUGUGUGUGUGUGUGUGUGUGUGUGUGUGUGUGUGUGUUAAACUAGACCUACAGUGAAGGCAGAUUGACAUUUUUUUGAAAAGCAUGAAUUCAUGCUAUUUCUAAUAAAAGCAAUGACUUACUUAGAUUUAUAAUUACAUUAUGAAAUUAUAAAGUGAAAUCAAUACAUCUGCUGUUUAACUGUUUAAGAUAAUGUAAUGUAUAAUACUGACAGAUUAGAUCAGUGCCUAUUGUCAGUGUAUCAUUGUGUAAAUGUGGAUGUCUAUAUGGAAUGCGAGUCCAGUAUUCGUAUUUGUAUCUGUAUUUGUUGAGGCAGCAAAAUUAUUUGUAUCUGUAUUUGUAUUUGAAUAAAAGUGGAAA